AUGGUCUCGACCAACCCAGCGCAAGCUAAGGUCAGAGAGCUUAUCAAGGAACGAGGCCAAAACGGUUGGGACGAUGCGUGGUCGGCUACGCCAUGGGACGUGGGCAAGAUUCAACCUCCUUUGCGCACUUUGUUGGAGUCGGGCCGUCUGGAGCUGCCAAAGACCGGUCGAGCUCUUGUACCUGGAUGUGGCAAGGGCUAUGAUGCUAUCUUCAUAGCGGAGACUUUGGGCUACGACACUGUUGCCGCUGACAUUUCUCCGACGGCUGUGGAAGCCGCCAAACAGCAUGCAUCGAGCAGCCCCAAUGGACUUCCGAGCAACGUUUCCUUUGAAGUCAUCGACUUCUUCCGAUACUCGGUCUCCGACGAGGAACGAUUUGACCUGAUCUUCGAUUACACUUUCUUCGUCGCCAUUCUUCCGAGCAUGCGCAAUGAUUGGGGCAAAAAGAUGCGGGAGCUCGUGAAGCCUGGCGGAGUACUGAUCACGCUCAUCUUCCCCAUAGACCCACCUCAGGAUGUCGGCCCCCCGUUCUUUGUCCGGCCGGAGCAUUAUCUCGAACCUUUGGGAGAAGGAUGGGAGAAGGUGAUUGACGAGGUUCCCGAGGUCAGCUCGGAAAACCAUGUCGGAAGGGAGCGACUUGUCGUUUGGCGGAGAUUGGGUUGAAACAUUCAUCCUUCAACCUUGAGCUGCGUCAUCUGAUUAAAUGGCAUGUAAAAGUAUACUGCAGGGUAUAUAAAUGCUGAGUCCAGG